AUGAACGGCGCUGCACGGGCCGAGCAGGUUGAGGCUAAGGUCGAACAACCUUUGGCCAAGCUGGAUCAGCCAGUUCGGGGAGUUUUGCACGAAAGAGCCUUCAAUAAGCGCGUAUUAAUGGGUAGGUGUGCUGAAGGAGUUCUACAAUUGCAAACAUGAAGAAAUUUCUUCAAAUUUUGCGGCCACCUUAUGCCUAGCUUUGUAAGUCGCACAAUGAGUAUAUGACGGCUGUAAUUUAGCUCGCGCUUUGCAGAGGCAGUUGGGAUGUUCAACGAGUCUGUCGCGAAAAUAAUGACCACUCUGUCGCAUCGAAAAUCGCAUCGCCGUCGAGAAAGUGCAUUGUGUCACGCAAAAUCAAAUUGCUUUUCACAGCAGCGACGCGAUCAACGCAGCGACAUUGUGCUCGUUAUUUUCCCGACAGACUGAUACGCAAAAAAGAAAAAAAACAACUUUAACCAUUUUUGGUACCAAUGUCUUUGUUUUUCCGCAUAACGCGGUACACAAAUUUUUUGGGGCUUCUAAAAUUUGGCACUCCCCGAGGAGCGGCUUACGACUCGUUAGUAAAGAUUGAAUUUGCAAAAGCUUCCUUGACAUAUCAGUCUGUCCUUUUUACAUUGUUUUCAGUCAAGCCCAGGAUGUCAUUUUUCAUACCCCCAUAAUUUGCAUCUGGUACAUAGUGAUUCAAACCCUCCUUUUCCAGCUUACCGGCGCAAAGACCCCAAUCCACAGCGCAAAAUUCAUAUCGAUUACUGUGUUAAACGCCAUGAUCCAAGAGUAAUCCGCGCUCUUGUUUGCCCUCUGAAUUCUCACCGACAGUACGAUGACAAAACCGCCAAGUGUUAG